AUGUCACAGCAAACUUCGGUGUCGGCAUUCCUCAUCUCUCGCAUCCAGGAGCUGGGGGUACAGCAUGUCUUCGGAAUCCCGGGAGACUAUGUGCUGCCUUUUUUUGAUGAGCUGAUCAAAGAGGGAAGCCCGGUCAAACAUAUCGGCACCUGCAACGAGCUCAAUGCUGCUUACCUCGCAGACGGGUACAGCCGUGUGAAAGGGUUUGGGGUUGCCGCUGUGACCUAUGGACCCGGUGCCUUCAACGCUGUCAAUGCCGUGGCAGGGGCAUACGAUGCUCAUGUCCCGCUACUCCUGAUUUCGGGGGCGCCUCAAACAGCGAGAUAUCGCCAAGGCAACAAGCUGCUUCUGCAUCAUGCUGUCGGCAGUGACUUGGAUGCUACCAUCCGCGUAUUCACACCCAUCACUGCUGCUGCAGCUCGCAUUGACGCAGUAGAGGAGGCCAUUCCAACAGUUGACUGGCUGCUGCGGGUUGCCCUCGACCAGAAGAGGCCAGUCUACCUUGAGAUCCCCUUCGACAUGCAGAAGGCACAAAUCCAAGUACCAGAUCGCUUGAACUACCAGCCGCCGUGCAGUGACGAGCAAGCUCUUCACAGAGUCGUGGAGCAAGUUGCACGUGUCGUGAAUAGUGCGGGGAAGGUGGGUGUGUUGGUUGGCGUGUUCAUCGACAGGGAGGGCCUGCAACAGGUUGUGGAGGACAUGUUGAGCGCCACCAAGCUCCCAUUCGCCACUACGUUUGACCAAAAGGCCGGCUACCUAGAGUACCUCCCAAACUGCCUUGGCUUCUAUCAGGGAGGCAUUUGUGCGCAGGCGGACCGCAUGAUCGAGCUCGGCUAUGAUGCCGUCAACUUGCAGGGGGAAGUGGUGCAUGGCGUUUACCUUCGGCAGCUGUUGCCGCUCCUGGCACAAAAGAUCACCCCACGUGCUGAAGAGCUGGUGGAGGACACGUUUCCUUUCACUUACACGAAGCACAGGGCAGGUCCAGAGGACCGGCCGCUCACUGUGGACUUCAUGUACCCUGAGCUCGCUCACUUUGUGCAGGAAGGCGACAUUGUUACAGGCAACACUGGCGGCUACAUCAACUUGUCCAGAAUGCGCAUGAAGAAGGGCAACACCACGGCCGGUCCCACCAACUGGGCGUCCUUGGGGAGCGUGUUUCCAAUUUCCGUUGGCAUGGCUUUUGCUGCACCUGAGCGUCGCAUCGUCUGCCUUGAGGGCGAUGGAUCCUUUCAAAUGACUGGUAUGGAGCUCGGCACAGUUCUGCGACACAAUCUCAACUUCCUCCUCAUAAUCCUGAACAAUGCAGGGUAUACGGCCGAGCGUGCCAUCCAUCCGGAGCGGGACGACUCCUACAACGACAUUCAAGUGUGGAACUAUCACUUGCUGCCUGAGGCACUGGGUGGCAGGCCAGGUUCAAACGGCAUCGACGUGCUCACGGAGUCUCAGUUCACUGAGGCCCUAGCAGCUUACGAGUUCGGUAAGGGCUUGCACGUGGUGAAUGCAAGGCUGGACAAGAUGGACAUCCCCAGCUUCUUCCGUGAGAUGAGUGACCCGCUGCUCAAGCACGCCCUUGCCCUCCCUAUUUUUGCCUGCGUCAAGCUCGCAACGAUGUCACAGCAAACUUCGGUGUCGGCAUUCCUCAUCUCUCGCAUCCAGGAGCUGGGGGUACAGCAUGUCUUCGGAAUCCCGGGAGACUAUGUGCUGCCUUUUUUUGAUGAGCUGAUCAAAGAGGGAAGCCCGGUCAAACAUAUCGGCACCUGCAACGAGCUCAAUGCUGCUUACCUCGCAGACGGGUACAGCCGUGUGAAAGGGUUUGGGGUUGCCGCUGUGACCUAUGGACCCGGUGCCUUCAACGCUGUCAAUGCCGUGGCAGGGGCAUACGAUGCUCAUGUCCCGCUGCUUCUGAUUUCGGGGGCACCUCAAACAGCGAGAUAUCGCCAAGGCAACAAGCUGCUUCUGCAUCAUGCUGUCGGCAGUGACUUGGAUGCUACCAUCCGCGUAUUCACACCCAUCACUGCUGCUGCAGCUCGCAUUGACGCAGUAGAGGAGGCCAUUCCAACAGUUGACUGGCUGCUGCGGGUUGCCCUCGACCAGAAGAGGCCAGUCUACCUUGAGAUCCCCUUCGACAUGCAGAAGGCACAAAUCCAAGUACCAGAUCGCUUGAACUACCAGCCGCCGUGCAGUGACGAGCAAGCUCUUCACAGAGUCGUGGAGCAAGUUGCACGUGUCGUGAAUAGUGCGGGGAAGGUGGGUGUGUUGGUUGGCGUGUUCAUCGACAGGGAGGGCCUGCAACAGGUUGCGGAGGACAUGUUGAGCGCCACCAAGCUCCCAUUCGCCACUACGUUUGACCAAAAGGCCGGCUACCUAGAGUACCUCCCAAACUGCCUUGGCUUCUAUCAGGGAGGCAUUUGUGCGCAGGCGGUGCGCGAUGCCACCGAAGGUGCCGACAUCCUCUUGACUCUCGGGAUGCCGCGGACAGAGUUCAAUCUGGGCUUUCUUACGCACGACUUCAAGGACCGCAUGAUCGAGCUCGGCUACGAUGCCGUCAACUUGCAGGGGGAAGUGGUGCAUGGCGUUUACCUUCGGCAGCUGUUGCCGCUCCUGGCACAAAAGAUCACCCCACGUGCUGAAGAGCUGGUGGAGGACACGUUUCCUUUCACUUACACGAAGCACAGGGCAGGUCCAGAGGACCGGCCGCUCACUGUGGACUUCAUGUACCCUGAGCUCGCUCACUUUGUGCAGGAAGGCGACAUUGUUACAGGCAACACUGGCGGCUACAUCAACUUGUCCAGAAUGCGCAUGAAGAAGGGCAACACCACGGCCGGUCCCACCAACUGGGCGUCCUUGGGGAGCGUGUUUCCAAUUUCCGUUGGCAUGGCUUUUGCUGCACCUGAGCGUCGCAUCGUCUGCCUUGAGGGCGAUGGAUCCUUUCAAAUGACUGGUAUGGAGCUCGGCACAGUUCUGCGACACAAUCUCAACUUCCUCCUCAUAAUCCUGAACAAUGCAGGGUAUACGGCCGAGCGUGCCAUCCAUCCGGAGCGGGACGACUCCUACAACGACAUUCAAGUGUGGAACUAUCACUUGCUGCCUGAGGCACUGGGUGGCAGGCCAGGUUCAAACGGCAUCGACGUGCUCACGGAGUCUCAGUUCACUGAGGCCCUAGCAGCUUACGAGUUCGGUAAGGGCUUGCACGUGGUGAAUGCAAGGCUGGACAAGAUGGACAUCCCCAGCUUCUUCCGUGAGAUGAGUGACCCGCUGCUCAAGCACGCCCUUGCCCUCCCUAUUUUUGCCUGCGUCAAGCUCGCAACGAUGUCACAGCAAACUUCGGUGUCGGCAUUCCUCAUCUCUCGCAUCCAGGAGCUGGGGGUACAGCAUGUCUUCGGAAUCCCGGGAGACUAUGUGCUGCCUUUUUUUGAUGAGCUGAUCAAAGAGGGAAGCCCGGUCAAACAUAUCGGCACCUGCAACGAGCUCAAUGCUGCUUACCUCGCAGACGGGUACAGCCGUGUGAAAGGGUUUGGGGUUGCCGCCGUGACCUAUGGACCCGGUGCCUUCAACGCUGUCAAUGCCGUGGCAGGGGCAUACGAUGCUCAUGUCCCGCUACUCCUGAUUUCGGGGGCGCCUCAAACAGCGAGAUAUCGCCAAGGCAACAAGCUGCUUCUGCAUCAUGCUGUCGGCAGUGACUUGGAUGCUACCAUCCGCGUAUUCACACCCAUCACUGCUGCUGCAGCUCGCAUUGACGCAGUAGAGGAGGCCAUUCCAACAGUUGACUGGCUGCUGCGGGUUGCCCUCGACCAGAAGAGGCCAGUCUACCUUGAGAUCCCCUUCGACAUGCAGAAGGCACAAAUCCAAGUACCAGAUCGCUUGAACUACCAGCCGCCGUGCAGUGACGAGCAAGCUCUUCACAGAGUCGUGGAGCAAGUUGCACGUGUCGUGAAUAGUGCGGGGAAGGUGGGUGUGUUGGUUGGCGUGUUCAUCGACAGGGAGGGCCUGCAACAGGUUGCGGAGGACAUGUUGAGCGCCACCAAGCUCCCAUUCGCCACUACGUUUGACCAAAAGGCCGGCUACCUAGAGUACCUCCCAAACUGCCUUGGCUUCUAUCAGGGAGGCAUUUGUGCGCAGGCGGUGCGCGAUGCCACCGAAGGUGCCGACAUCCUCUUGACUCUCGGGAUGCCGCGGACAGAGUUCAAUCUGGGCUUUCUUACGCACGACUUCAAGGAGGACCGCAUGAUCGAGCUCGGCUACGAUGCCGUCAACUUGCAGGGGGAAGUGGUGCAUGGCGUUUACCUUCGGCAGCUGUUGCCGCUCCUGGCACAAAAGAUCACCCCACGUGCUGAAGAGCUGGUGGAGGACACGUUUCCUUUCACUUACACGAAGCACAGGGCAGGUCCAGAGGACCGGCCGCUCACUGUGGACUUCAUGUACCCUGAGCUCGCUCACUUUGUGCAGGAAGGCGACAUUGUUACAGGCAACACGGGCGGCUACAUCAACUUGUCCAGAAUGCGCAUGAAGAAGGGCAACACCACGGCCGGUCCCACCAACUGGGCGUCCUUGGGGAGCGUGUUUCCAAUUUCCGUUGGCAUGGCUUUUGCUGCACCUGAGCGUCGCAUCGUUUGCCUUGAGGGCGAUGGAUCCUUUCAAAUGACUGGUAUGGAGCUCGGCACAGUUCUGCGACACAAUCUCAACUUCCUCCUCAUAAUCCUGAACAAUGCAGGGUAUACGGCCGAGCGUGCCAUCCAUCCGGAGCGGGACGACUCCUACAACGACAUUCAAGUGUGGAACUAUCACUUGCUGCCUGAGGCACUGGGUGGCAGGUCAGGUUCAAACGGCAUCGACGUGCUCACGGAGUCUCAGUUCACUGAGGCCCUAGCAGCUUACGAGUUCGGUAAGGGCUUGCACGUGGUGAAUGCAAGGCUGGACAAGAUGGACAUCCCCAGCUUCUUCCGUGAGAUGAGUGACCCGCUGCGCCAUUGA